AGUAAAUAAUCUCGAUAUGGCAGAACGUUACGGCGAAGACAGAACAUGGAUUAUCCAGUAUUAGCAGCUUGUCUCGUUUCCCUGUGUCUCUACCUCAACACCCUUGAUGCAGACUUCGCCUACGACGAUAGCCGGGCAAUCCAGAAGAAUCAGGACUUGUUACCAGAAACACCACUGGUGAAUAUCUUCUAUGAUGACUUCUGGGGGACACCCCUCACACAUAGUGGCUCACACAAGUCCUACCGACCACUCUGUGUCCUGUCGUUCAGAUUCAACUAUGCCUUUGGGAAACUGAAUCCCUGGGGCUACCACUUGGGUAAUGUUCUGCUGCAUGCAGUGGUCACAGCAGUGUUCACCUGUCUAGCACAAAAGGUGCUGAAGCGUACAUUUGCCACCUAUGUAGCAGGACUGUUAUUUGCAGCACACCCCAUACACACAGAAGCUGUUGCUGGCAUUGUUGGUCGGGCUGACAUUGGUGCCUGUCUCUUCUUUCUUCUUACAUUCCUGAGUUACAUGAAGUAUGUGGAGUACCGGACUUCCGCCCAACUAGCUUCCCAUCGUUGGAUGUAUGUGGUUAGUGUUUGUGUAUUCGCUGUGGCAAGUCUAUUGACAAAAGAACAAGCCAUUGCUGUUCUUGGUGUCUGUGCAACAUAUGAUGUUUUUGUCUUUCAUCGGGUGAAACUUCAGGAAAUACUGCAGCUACAAAUCUUCACCAUGAGCCAUUUUCGAGGUCUGUGUGAGGGGCUGGUGCUGCUUGCAACAUGUGGUAUCUCUCUUGUGGCCACCAGAAUCUACUUCAUGGGCAGCAAACCACCAGAAUUUGCUCCCUCGGAUAACCCAGCUUCCGACUCCGACAGCUUGAUGACUAGACUUCUGACCUAUCACUUCCUGCCUACUCUCAACAUAUGGCUGCUCCUAUGUCCCUCAGUUCUCAGCUUUGAUUGGUCCAUGGAAUCAGUGCCAUUGGUUGAAAGCCUCAGUGAUUAUAGGAAUAUAUAUACAAUCAUCCUGUACAUUUCAAUUGCCUAUUUUGCUCAGGUGAUUAUAAAACAGUUGAACCAACCAUGUAGAAAUCCAAUCCUGGGACUGAAAUCACAGAUGAAUGGCAAUGGGGUUCACCAUAAUACCCAUGAUGGCAAAAUUAACCCACCCAGCCAAAAAUCACGGUUUAAAAGACGAGAAUCUGGAAGUUCUUCUGACAGUGAAGAACUUGAUGCACCAUCUUCAUUUGCCGAAAAUCACAGCAACGUGCUCAUUGUUUCUUUGGCCAUAAUUAUAUUUCCAUUUAUACCAGCAUCAAAUUUAUUUUUCUAUGUAGGUUUUGUCAUAGCAGAAAGGAUUUUGUACAUUCCUAGCAUGGGUUUUUGCCUAUUGAUUGCUGAAGGAGCAGAAGUCCUUUACAAUAUGUGUUCCAGCCCAAGCAGAAGACGCCUGGUACUCCUGGCUGUUGCUGUGAUAUUGAUGCUGUUCAGUGCUAAAACAGUCUGCAGGAACUUUGCCUGGCACACCGAGGAGAAGCUUUACGCUUCUGGGAUCAAGGUGAACCCAGCUAAAGCCUGGGGAAAUUUGGCCAAUGUUUGGAAUGAGCAGGGCCAGACAUCUGCUGCUGAAGAAGCCCGUAAUGCCCUUAAGCACAGAGGCAACAUGGCUGAUGUACACUACAACCUGGGCAUCUUGCUGCAAGAGCAGAAGCGCGUCCAUGAGGCCUUAGAGAGUUAUCAGCGAGCAAUACACUAUCGACCCAAGCUCUCCAUGGCACAUCUUAACCUUGGGAUCCUAACAGCUCAGUUUGGUCAAAAUGAAAAUGCUGCCAAGAUAUACCGUCACUGUGCUGAUCUGGACACUUCUGGCCUUAAGGACCCUAGACUACAUGAGGCUACAAAGAUAUCCUGCUUGUACAAUCUUGGACGCCUUUACACAGAGGAAGAAGAGUAUCAGGAUGCAUUGUCAGUUUAUGAGGAAGCUCUCAAGCGUCGGCCUUCCCACUAUGCACCCCAGUCACUUUACAACAUGAUGGGUAUGUUAUACCUGAAAUGGGGGGACCUGGCGACGGCAGAACGCUGGUACCGAAAGGCUCUCAAGUCCAAGCCAGACCAUGUUCCUGCACAUCUGACUAUAGCCAAGUUACUGCAGAAGAAGAAACAGUAUGAAGAAGCUGAGAAAUGGUUCAAGAAAGCAUCUGAUAUUGAUUCCAUGGAUGCCAGUAUAGAUCAUCACUAUGCUCAGUUCCUGACAGAGACUGGCCGUCACAUAGAAGCAGAGGGCCGUUACAGAUCAGCGUUGUCAAAAACAACACCAGACUUUGAGCUUUUGUUUAAUGCCGCAAAUGCCUUCAGACAAAACAGUAAAGACCAUGAUGCAGAGGACUUGUACAGGAAAGCUGUCAGUUUGAAGCCUGAGUUGCCAUCAGCUCACAUGAACCUGGGUGCUAUCCUUCAUAUCAACGGGAAGUUGGCCGAGGCUGAGCGCAGCUACCUUUCUGCUCUCAAACUGAAACCUGAUGAUUCUAUGACAAUGGCUAACCUACAGAAGCUGCGAAACCUCAUGUCCAACAUGGACAGGAAGGGGUCUCCAUGAUGUCUUUCAUUCACAUUCAAGUGAUAUUUUGUCAUUACAUAAAGUUGUCUUACUUUCAUUCCAGGUGACUUUUGCAUGAUGUUUUGAAUCUGUAUGAAAACAAUAAUGCAGAUUGAUAACAAGAUUCUGAACUGUCUCUGCCAUCAUAUUCACUGCUUCAGAUUGGAUGGAAGAUAGGGAAAGUGUACCCAAAGUAUUUCACACUUACAUAGCUAGGUUUACUACUUGUCUUCACUGAUGAAGCAGGUAUUUUCCUGUUUGAAAACAAUGAUUCAAUGCAAAAUUGUUAAUUCCUAAUGUUAAGUAGAUAUGUGGUGCAUCAACAUUAAAGUCCCAACCAAAGCUGAUGCCAAUGUUCAGCUGUUUCUAGUACAGAUAUAUCUUUACUAUGUUUUCUGUCAAUUGUUAAAUGAUGUUGCUAUUUGUGAUCUGUGUAUGUAAGACUUGAUAACAUUCCUGCUACUGGCACGUCAUUAGCUGUCAGUAUAUUUAUCACAUGCCACAGAUGGAAGAUUUAGCCUUGCAUGAGGAGAGGUAUACAUUUAUAUAGAAAUAUAUUUAACUACACAUAUAAUCUCUAUGCAAAUUGUUGUCAUUGCUCACACAGAGAGUAUGUGUUUGUAUCAUCACGCUGUGGUAGUGAAGAAACAUCAUACAUAAUAUCAUACAUAAACUGUGCCUUGAUCUA